CACAGCUGCCAGCAGGGGCACGUGCCCUGUUGCGGGCGUUCAGAGGCCUGCGGGCAAUGCCUUAGCACAAAGGAAAGGUCUCCUUUGGGAACAUCCCAUCCAGCACGGCUGACGUGGUGCUGGUGGCCGAGUGUUUGUGUUCUCCUGUACAUCAGGAAGCCCUUCCAAUUCUUGAUUGCAUUGGGUGUGGCUUUUGACUUGCUUUCCUCUUUCUCAACCAUUUUCGUGUCCUUCUCUGCAGCCAGGAAUUUGAGUCUGAGCAGGUUCGACGUUCACAGCGCGAGCUCCCUCUGCAAAAUGUACUUCAGGGAGCUCCCGACCCCCCUGCUGACCAACCAGCUGUACGACAAGUUCUCGGAUGCUGUUGGUGCCACUACGGAGGAGGAGCGGCUGGUCAGAAUGCGGGACACCAUCCAGCAGCUGCCCGCUCCUCACUACAGGACCCUGGCGUAUCUGAUGAGACACUUGGCCUGUCUGUCUGCGAACAGCUCUGUCACCAACAUGCACGCCAAGAACUUAGCCAUUGUGUGGGCUCCAAACCUCCUAAGGUAAACUUCUUUUUCCGUUUCAACAGAACGCUUACAUCUGUUCUCCAGUAGAAUAAAGCAAUCCUCCCUUCUUCUGCACCACAUGUGCUCU